CGUCAAUCCGUGGGUCACGCCCUCGGGAAGCCGAGCCGAGAAGGCGAAGACUCCGGGAGUCGGGAGUCCGGAGGGAGCAGGGGCGAGCAGCGCAGCCGCCAUGGACCGCGUGCAGCUGGUGCUCCUCGGCCUCCCCAUCCUCCUCUUCUGCUCCGACCUAGUCACCCUCUUCGGGCCGGAGCAGCUGCCGACCACCAAGUCCGACCUACCCCACCCCCACCCCCACCCCGUCCCGGCCUCCGACGCCGUCCAGCCCGACGACAUCACCGCCGAUGCCGGCGAUUCCGCGCAGGUGUCUGAGCCGCAGGUGGAUGGACCUGCCUCCGGCACCACCGUCGAGUUGAAGUUCUGCGCCUCCUGCUCGUAUAGGGGAAAUGCAAUGACCACGAAGCAGAUGCUUGAAACCUCAUUUCCUGGGAUUCAUGUCGUUUUAGAAAAUUACCCUCCACCAUUCCCAAAACGCACACUGAGCAAAGCUGUACCUUUUCUUCAAGUUGGAGCAAUGGCAACAUUAAUGGCUGGUGAUCAGAUUUUCCCUAGGUUUGGAAUGGUUCCACCUCCUUGGUACUACUCACUGCGUGCUAAUAGAUUUGGAACAAUGGCAACAAUCUGGCUCUUUGGUAAUUUCGCCCAGUCAUUUCUACAAAGUUCUGGUGCCUUUGAAGUUUACUGCAACGGUCAACUGGUUUUCUCAAAAUUAUCUGAGCAGAGAUUUCCUAGUGAGUUUGAGCUACGGGAGCUCAUUGGUAAAAGGUUACCAGACGCUCAAUUCGGGCAAAAUCUGGAAAAGGUGUGGUCGUAGAUGUUGAUGACAAGACACCCUACUUCUUUGAUCUGUUUUAAUAGACACAAACACGCUUGAAAGUUCACGGCUAAUUGUCAACCACAUGCCAUUUAUCUUAAUUUUUCGUGAAGAUAGUGCCUUUUUGUUUGUAAAUAAUGGUUUACCCUGGCAACGAAGGGAAGAGCUCUGUGACUAUGUUAGUUUCUUAGAACUGUCAAAUUUACUCAAAGAGGAUGUGAACUAUA